AUGAGUGAAUCUGAAUUUACUUAUCAAGAUUUUGAGAAAUGCAUUAAUUCUGAAAAAAAUAACAAAAAUAGUUUUACUGUUGCUUCUGAAGAAAAUAGCCAAGAUGACUUUACUGUUACAUUCAAAGAAAAUAGCCAAGAUGGUUUCACUGUUAUUUCCAAAGAAAAUAGUCAAGAUGGUUUUACUGUUGAUGAUAUUGCUCUUACAGAAGUUUUU